CACCGGUCGGUGCUGAGGUUGACUUUUGCAAAGAUCUUUUUUGAGCGCUUCUGAACUUUCUCGUCCCAUAGCUUUCCCCCAAGGCGGCAUGGAGACGAAUCCAACCCGGAGAGAGAGAUAUUUGGAAGGGGUUGGCGGGUUGGCUAGUGUUUAACUUUUGGAUGUUCUCAAAUUCCUUCCCCUUCAAUUAGGGAUGCGGCGUCUUUCGGGUGGGAGGGGAGGACCCCCCUCCCGCCCUCCACCACCACCACCACCUCUCCGGCAAGCGGCACGCCAUCGGGAUGUGCUCAUGGUACCGAGGUGGUUUUCUGGACCCUCCAUCCUGGAGGUCGGGAGUUUUCCCAGCUUGCGCGGUGCUGAUUGAGCUUGUCCGAUUUUUGUCACUCACCUCUCCAAAAAUAAAAGGGCAAUGCCAAUCAGCAAAUGCCUAGUAAGCCUUCUUCUUCGGGACCCGUUUGGGAAGCGGUAGACUGGCCAGCUGCUUGACCGCUCCUCGCUGCUCUUGUGUGGAUAAGGCUGUCCGUUUUACUUGCGUGUGUUUCAAUAGAUAAGGUAUAGGUAAAUAGAACGUUGGAGGCAUUAGAAGGAAACUAAAUGGCGCCUUAAUUCCUGGAAAUGAAACCACUUUUAUGUACCCCGCAGGGCUGCGGGCAAGGACUCUAUUUUGGGGUUGCUGUAGAGAAGGAUAUUUAGCACCACAGGUCCACGGGAGCAGUUUUGUACUUUUCUAACUUGAGUGGACUGAUAAAAACAGCAGUUGAAUCAGCCCGCUAAAUGAAGAGGAGUGGAAGUUUUGUUUUCUGCGUGCUGCCUCUAGUUUUGCCGCAUCCUUUGGAAGCACUGUCGGUAGUGAGCGAAGACCAGUCGCUGUUUGAGUGUGCCUACGGAACCCCCCACCUCACUAAGGCGGAGAUGACCGCAUCCUCCUCCAGUGAAUAUGGACAGACAUCCAAGAUGAGUCCCCGGGUCCCUCAGCAGGACUGGCUAUCCCAGCCCUCGGCCAGAGUCACCAUCAAGAUGGAAUGUAACCCCAACCAGGUCAACGGGUCCAGGAACUCCCCCGAUGACUGCAGCGUGGCCAAGGGAGGGAAGAUGGUCCACAGCCCGGACAGCGUCGGGAUGAACUAUGGCAGCUACAUGGAAGAGAAACACAUCCCACCACCCAACAUGACCACGAAUGAGAGGAGGGUGAUCGUGCCAGCAGAUCCGACAUUAUGGAGUACAGACCACGUCCGCCAGUGGCUAGAAUGGGCAGUGAAAGAAUACGGACUUCCCGACGUCGACAUCUUGCUCUUCCAGAACAUCGACGGGAAGGAACUGUGUAAAAUGACCAAAGAUGACUUCCAGAGACUCACCCCAAGCUACAAUGCCGAUAUCCUUCUCUCCCACCUUCACUACCUCAGAGAGACUCCUCUUCCACAUUUGACUUCAGAUGAUGUUGAUAAGGCCUUACAAAACUCUCCACGGUUAAUGCAUGCUAGAAACACAGGAGGUGCAGCUUUUAUAUUUCCAAAUACUUCGGUUUACCCGGAACCUACCCAAAGAAUUUCAGCUAGGCCAGACCUACCUUAUGAACCGGCCAGGAGGUCAGCCUGGACAAGUCACAGUCACCCCGCUCCACAACCCAAAGUUACUCCGCCCUCCUCCUCAACAGUGCCCAAAACAGAAGAUCAACGCCCUCAGUUAGAUCCUUACCAAAUUCUUGGACCCACAAGCAGUCGCCUCGCAAAUCCAGGGAGCGGGCAGAUCCAGCUGUGGCAGUUCCUCCUGGAGCUGCUCUCGGACAGCUCCAACGCAAACUGCAUCACCUGGGAGGGCACCAACGGCGAGUUCAAGAUGACGGACCCGGACGAGGUGGCCCGGCGCUGGGGCGAGCGCAAGAGCAAGCCCAACAUGAACUACGACAAGCUCAGCCGGGCCCUGCGCUACUAUUACGACAAGAACAUCAUGACCAAAGUCCACGGCAAGCGCUACGCCUACAAGUUCGACUUCCACGGCAUCGCCCAGGCGCUGCAGCCCCACCCCCCCGAGUCGUCCCUGUACAAGUACCCCUCCGACCUCCCGUACGUGGGCUCCUACCACGCCCACCCCCAGAAGAUGAACUUUGUACCCCCCCACCCCCCAGCCCUGCCCGUGACCUCCUCCAGCUUCUUCGCUGCCCCCAACCCCUACUGGAAUUCACCGACUGGAAGCAUCUACCCCAACACCAGGCUCCCGGCCAGCCACAUGCCUUCUCACCUGGGCUCUUACUACUAGACGGACACACAGACAGACAGACACUUCUCCUCACAACGCUGUCCCUGACCAAUCGCAACAGACUCCUGGAGAAAAUGGAUCUAAAGUGCCUCAAGAAGAACACAGAAGGUGGUUCCCUGGGAGGGGAGGGAUGGGUGCAGGGAGGAGGGUGGGGGAGGGAAGUUGUCAGAAAGACUCCUCAGAGGGAGGGCAUAAAUUGAUGUAUUUUUCAAGAAGCAAAGAGGAUGCUGAACGUAAUGUAUAUGGGCAUCGAAUCUGUGGACGGAUCCUGAAAGACUGUUGUAAGUAGAAGCAUGAAGUAAUGUGGGGGGAAGGGGGUUAAAAAAAGAAAAAAAGAAAAACCUGCCAAAGAAAGUGGUCUGAAGACAUUCCUAGGCUUUUGUGUAAAGUUUGAUAUCCUGCUAAUGCAAUCUGGGUUCUAUACUACAGCAAUAUAAGGCGAGUACAAUAUUGACCUAACACACAGUAUAUGAUUUCAUUUUUCAAAAAAAAGUAACUAUCUGUAUUUAAAAAAGAGAAACGUAUCAGAAAGAAUGGUUUAGCGUGGAAGCCGAUGUGCAUUAUUACAACAGCGGUGUUUCGGUUGAAAGCUCCCAGCUCUCCGAGGCACAGCGGAGGGCCAGCAGCUACUCAAACUGUGAAGAUUCCCCCAACUUUCAGAUUUCUUGACAGUAUCACAGGAACUCUGAGCCAAACGGCAGGACUGAGAAUGUACCGAAGGGCAGGUGGGUGAGGUAGGCCCUUCCACGGGACAGAGAGAGGAUGGAUGGUGGGAACGAGAAGAAGAAGAGGAGGAGGAGGAGGAAGAACGGAAAGCGCCUUCUCCAGCCGAGGCUGGAAAACGCGUCGGUGUCGAAACCGUGGGGAGCGGCUGAUCUGGACUCGUGCUCGAACGUGAUCCGGGGUGCGGGGCGGGGGGAGGGGGGUCGUCCCCAGGAUUAGGGAAAGGACAAAGGAGAUUUUGAUGAAGAGGAGGAAGGACGAAACAGCAGAAUUCAGAAAUCAGAAUAUACAUCUCUCUUUAAAAAAAAAAAAAGGAAAACUGGAAUUGUCUGAUAUUUAAAAUAAACUUUCAGGAUCUUGUCAUUUGUGGGCGGAAAGCUGGCUCUCUAGCCGGUGGAGGAAAGAGAGGCCUUCCCGCCUAUCACGAUCAGAAAUCCCACAGGUGCUUUGGGGUUCGACAGGUUCCAGUUUUUCUUUUUCGAGUCGCGAACGCUGUGCGUUUGUCAGAAUGAAGUAUUCGAGUCAGUGUUAUUUUUUUCUUUUUUUAUAUAAUUAUUAUAUAACUUAUGCAUUUAUACACUACGAGUUGAUCUCGGCCAACCAAAGACACACACACACACACACUCACACACAAAACACACACAGACACACACUCAAAGGGACAAUCAAAAAUAUUGUGGCCUUGAAUUUUAACUCUGUAUGCUUAAUGUUUACAAUAUGAACUUAUUAGUCCUUAGAAUGCAGAAUGUAUGUAAUAAAAUAAGCUUGGCCUAGCAUGGCAAUCCAGAUUCA